UAUUCCCAGUCUGCUAAGAGCACCAUGAUUGCUGACUAUAUGUACUGGCUGACAGGAGGCACUGAGCAGCAUACAAGCAAGCUCAUCAAACUGUAUUGGCAGGCUAUGAUUGAAGAAGCCAUCACUACAGAAGUAUCUUUUUCGGUUAUGUACACACCGUUUGUGAGAGAAGUCAAGGCUGACAAAAUAGACAAGAUAAAGGACGUGUUUGCUAAAAAGCACCCUGAUUACACGGAGCACAUAUAUACAGAUCCUCAUGGAUUUCACAUCUUGCCACAGACAGCUGAGUGGCCCUCUCUGCCUCCCCAGCGGUACUUACUGACUCUGGGUUUCAGACAAAAAUAUAUUGGAAAAAUCUUGGAAAGGUGGUCAAGUAGAAAACUGCCAAUCUUUUCAGACCAGAAAGCAUCUUUGAGUCCUCUCACAGACAAAGAAAUGAAAAGUUAUUGGAAUAACACUGGAAAAAAGAUCGUGCCGGUAAUGGAUUUUAUAAGAAGCACCAAAUUAACCGACAAUCGCUGCCCGUGUUCACGUGGGAUAGAGAAGUUGCAUUACGCCAGCAUCCUUGGCCGUUUGCAGAGAGUCGAGGAACAGUCCCAAGUGAUUAAUCAAGCGAUGGCUGAGCUAGCAACCGUUCCCUACCUUCAGGACAUCAGUCAGCAGGAUGCUGAACUGCUGCAGUCGCUAAUGGCAGAUGCCAUGGACACCCUUGAAGGAAGAAGCAGCGAUAAAGGACGUGUGUGGAAUAAAAUUCAGAAG